UGCGGAGUCAAAGGAGCGAUGUCAAAAAAGACGAAAAAGAAUAGAGUAAGGUGACGGAAUAAUGAGGAGAACAAUAACAAAGUGUUCUUGCUCAAGAAGUGAUAAACACAGGUGAUAUUGAAGGGAAGAAUUGCCGCCCGGUGCUUCGUUGUGGGCAGUCGUUCCCUGGGGAUGAAGAAAGGAACUGCCCAAGUAAUGAUGUCGGGUCCUUUCAGUCAACCUCGAGGGAAAUGCAGGAAGAUGGUCUUAGAACGACUGCCCACAGCAGGUAGGAAGCGAGGAAGGCAGGUUGAAGGUGAGAAGCCCACGGCGAGCGAGGCAAUGCAGUGGGAGGAGAGGAAGAGGACUGGCAAGGCGAGGGAGAGACGGAGAAAGCGAUGCAGGCCAGAGGAUGAAGGGAAAAGGCAGGUCGCGAGUCAAAAAGACAGACACCAGGCCGUCAUGCGUGAGAAGGAGAGAAGAGGGAAGAGGGCUUUGGGGAGAGGCAGAUCAAGUGGAGGGACAGGAAGUGGCAGAGUGAGCGCCUGGAGAGCUGCACUGAAACUCGAAUAAUACCGAUACAUAAGCAUUACUCUGAUACAGUGUGCUGGAAACGAACUUGAAGUCGCAGCAGACGGGAAGGGAAAUGAU